AGAGAGAAGUGAAUGAAGAGAUUUGAACAGAGAAAACAUGAAAAUUUUGUGGAUAUUUUGUGUUCCUGAUCUCUUUAUUUUCUUCAUUUCUCAGUUCCAAGAAAUGGGGAGAAAACAAAAACCAAAUCAAAAUUGAUAAACAAUUUACAUAAAACACAAAAAAAAUUUCAAGAGAAAGGAAGGAAAAGAGGUUAGGAGGGCAUUCUCUGGAAAAGAGGUUUGACCUCUCUUUCUCUCUCUUCCUUCUCUUUCAGCCCUUUUGAAUUCUUCUAAUUCAUCUUCUUCAUAAUCUUGCCUCUUGUCUUGUAAAUUCCUAUUCUCAUCCUUAUUUUUCCUUCUUCUCAUAAAUAUCCUCUCCGAUUCUCUUCCCUUCUUUGAUUUUUCUCAAACUAUAAUUUCCUGAAAGUCAACUUCUUCAUUUUCUAUUAAAAGUGGCUGUUGUUUGGUCAUUUGUAGCUGGAUCUUGGAUCUUAUUUGGCAAUUAGAAAUACCCACUUGUUGUUUUUCUCAAAGCGUCAGAUUUCCAAGUUUUUUUUUUAAUAAUCCGAAUCCAUUUUCUCUGCAAAUCCAAUUAUUCUUCUCACCGAGAACCACAGUUUUUUUUUUUUUUUUGUCAAAUUUAUAUCUGUUGUAAUUUCUGAUUCAUGGGUAAUUGUUGUGUUACCCCAUCAACAGCCGCAGGUCACGAGAAUAAGAAGAACAACAAGAAACAAAACCCAUUUGCUAUCGAUUAUGGCGUCAAUAAUGGAGUCCAGCACAGGCUAACCGUCUUAAAAGACCCAACAGGACGAGAAAUCGAGCAAAGAUAUGAGCUAGGCCAAGAGCUAGGUAGGGGUGAAUUUGGGAUCACAUAUUUAUGUACGGACAAGGAGACUGGCGAUACUUUCGCCUGCAAAUCAAUCUCUAAGAAGAAGCUAAGAACAGCGGUGGAUAUUGAAGAUGUCAGGAGAGAAGUGCAGAUCAUGAGACAUUUGCCUAAGCAUCCUAAUAUUGUGAGUUUGAAGGAUACGUAUGAGGAUGAUAACGCUGUGCAUCUGGUGAUGGAAUUGUGCGAGGGUGGAGAGUUGUUUGAUAGGAUUGUGGCUAGAGGGCAUUACACUGAGAGAGCUGCUGCUGCGGUUACAAAGACCAUUGUGGAGGUUGUUCAGAUGUGCCAUAAGCAUGGGGUGAUGCAUCGGGAUCUGAAACCUGAGAACUUUUUGUUUGCAAACAAGAAGGAAACUGCACCUUUGAAGGCAAUUGAUUUUGGACUUUCUGUGUUUUUCAAACCUGGGGAAAGAUUCAAUGAGAUAGUUGGAAGUCCAUACUACAUGGCUCCUGAGGUGUUAAAGAGGGAUUAUGGCCCAGAAGUAGAUGUCUGGAGUGCUGGUGUCAUACUUUACAUCUUACUAUGUGGUGUCCCACCCUUUUGGGCAGAAACUGAACAGGGAGUUGCACAGGCAAUCAUUAGGUCCAUUAUAGAUUUCAAAAGGGAUCCUUGGCCUAUGGUUUCUGAUAAUGCCAAAGACCUGGUGAAAAAGAUGCUUGAUCCUGACCCAAAUCGUCGGCUUACAGCACAACAAGUGCUAGAGCACCCUUGGUUGCAGAAUGCAAAGACGGCGCCUAAUGUUUCUCUAGGUGAAACAGUUAAAGCAAGGCUCAAGCAAUUCUCUGUAAUGAACAAACUCAAGAAAAGAGCUCUUAGGGUAAUUGCUGAGCAUUUGUCAGUAGAGGAAGUUGCUGGCAUAAAGGAGGGUUUCGAAUUGAUGGAUACUAGCAAUAAGGGCAAGAUUAAUGUGGAUGAGCUAAGAAUUGGAUUGCAGAAACUCGGUCAUCACAUCACUGAUACUGAUCUUCAAAUUUUAAUGGAAGCUGGUGAUGUAGAUAGGGAUGGGCAUCUGGACUAUGGUGAGUUUGUGACAAUUUCCGUUCAUCUAAGAAAGAUGGGCAAUGAUGAACACCUUCGCAAAGCCUUUGAAUUCUUUGAUAAAGACCAAAAUGGGUAUAUUGAAAUUGACGAGCUAAGAGAUGCCUUGGCUGAUGAAAUCGAUGAAAACAGCGAAGAGAUCAUUUAUGCUAUUAUUCAUGAUGUGGACACAAAUAAGGAUGGAAGAAUAAGUUACGAAGAGUUCGCAACGAUGAUGAAGGCUGGUACAGAUUGGAGAAAAGCAUCGAGGCAGUAUUCACGAGAGCGGUUCAGUAGUCUGAGCCUCAAAUUAAUGCAGGAUGGGUCAUUACAGGUGAACAGUGAAGGUAGAUGACUCAACAAGAGAGAAUCAUGACCCAUGAGAAGGCUGAAAGUACACUUAGUUUUUUUUUUUUUUUUUUUCCACAUCUUAAAUUUUUAAUCAUCUUGCAAAAUCUUUUUUUUUUCUUUGGGUAACUAGGAUUUGAGCCCUGUUUGUUGAUUCUUAUUGUUUUUUCUCCUGAAUUUGCAAUGUUCCUUGUGCUUCUGUUUUUUCGUGAGAGUUAUAGGACAAAACCAGUGAUGAAAGGGCUGUUAUUUGUGGGUGUAACUUGUAAAUAUAGUUACAAUGUUAUUAAUUCAAUCUUUACAUGAAAAAUUAAAAAAAAAAAUUAUUGGAUUGCA